GCUGAUUCGUUCUAUGGUAGAGCACAUGUCGUGCGGUAGUAUGCAGUAAUAUAACGCUUUUUUCUCAUAAAGUAAUGAAGUUCUAACGAAAAACUGCAUAUUUACGUGUUAAAGAAAACGUAUUGUACGUGUUCACUUGAGCGUGCAAUGAAAAGGAAAGAAUAGUAAGUUCUUUUUUAAGAAAUUUUUGUCUAAGAAAAAUGGCUGACCGUGAUAGCGCAUCUGAAAGCGACUCAAGCUCAAUCGACGGAGGACCGAUAAUGAUGCCACCGUCUCCUGUAACUAGAGAACAACUUCAAAAAAGAAUUGAAUCAUUGCAACAGCAUAAUCGAGUUCUUAAAGUUGAGCUUGAAACGUAUAAAUUAAGAGUAAAGGCGUUGCAGGAGGAGAAUCGUGGUCUUCGUCAAGCCUCUGUCAUCAUACAAGCUAAAGCUGAACAGGAAGAAGAAUUUAUAAGUAAUACAUUAUUAAAGAAAAUUCAGGCACUUAAGAAAGAAAAGGAAACAUUAGCACAUCAUUAUGAACAAGAAGAAGAAUGCUUAACAAAUGAUCUGUCAAGAAAGUUGAAUCAAUUGCGUCAAGAGAAAUGUCGUUUGGAACAAACCUUAGAACAAGAGCAAGAAUGUCUCGUAAAUAAACUAAUGAGAAAAAUAGAAAAGCUUGAAGCUGAAACACUUGCUAAACAAAGCAAUUUAGAGCAAUUACGCAGAGAGAAAGUUGAACUUGAAAAUACACUUGAGCAAGAGCAAGAAGCAUUAGUAAACAAAUUGUGGAAAAGAAUGGAUAAAUUAGAGGCAGAGAAACGAAUGCUUCAAAUAAAAUUAGAUCAACCUGUAUCGGAUCCCGCUUCACCGAGAGAAAUUAAUAAUGGUGAUACUGCUACUAGUCUAAGUACACAUAUUCAAACUUUAAGAAGCGAAGUAGCCCGACUAAGACAUACAUUGCUCAUCUCGCAACAAGAACAUACAGAGAAAAUGCAACGAUAUGUAAACGAAGAGAAACAAAUUCGUGAAGAAAACUUGAGACUUCAAAGAAAACUGCAGCUAGAAGUAGAACGUCGCGAAGCUUUAUGUAGACAUCUUUCAGAAUCAGAAUCUAGUUUGGAAAUGGAAGAAGAACGGCACUAUAAUGAAAUCGUGAUGUCCGGUGUAAACAUAAGAAAUCGUACUGUUUCUAGCCCUGUACCGUACAAUCCUUCACCUAGUUCCUCUAGACCAUUAAGUCCAGGUUCAGCGACCAGAGAAGGAUUUAAUACAAAUCGAUGUUAUGCUUGUGGUCAGCAUACUACAGUUCCAUUUGCAAGUUCAUCGCCUCCUUCCACUGCCCAUGUGGUAAUGUCUAAUAGACGCACAUCAGAUAGAUUUGUUAAACCUGCAAUCCCACCAACAAUUGUAAGUCCAACUGGUCCACCAAUCGCUGCAAACGCAACUACAAAUGCAACUGGCGGCUCACCAAUGGAUAUUACUAAAACAUAAGUCAGUUGAAUUUCUCUUAUCAUAAAUAUUUCAUCAUGUAUUCGUAUAAAAUAACACUUUUGUUGAUGCAUUUGUACUAUGUGAUUGUAUAACAUCAUCAAAAGUUAUUUUAGAAUGAAUUUCAGUUUUUAACAUUUUAAUUGUUUUACAUUCAUAGUACAGUGCAUAUAUGUUAAUUAUAAAAAUAUCCAUAAAAAAAUGAAUAUGCUAUAAAUUGCUCUGUACUUCAUAUCAAAUCGCUUAAAUAUUUCUCGUAACAUGAUACAAAGCAGUAUUUACGAAAAAAAGUAAAUAAUCACUUAUAAAUAUUUGAUCUGCUUUAAAAUAAUCUAACAAAAUAAAAGUUAAGGAAGGGAGAGAUAUUAUUAUAAUCUCGCUCUUCUAAUUUCCUUUAUAUUUCAUUGUUGUUAUGACAAGCUUAAUGCAUUUUUUUCGAUGUUUAAAUAUAGUACGAAAAAAGUUUAUCGUUAAUUUAAGUACUUAGGUGGUAAGAAAACAUAUUUUUAUAAUGGUUACUAUGUAACUUAUUUAAAUUUAAAUAUUUUCUUUUUGUUUUAAUGUUAAUUCUUGAAACGGAACUAUAUAGCAUAAUACGAAAACAUAAUAAUUUUGUAUGAAUAAUGUUUAUAACGAAAUUAGGAGAGCGAGAAUUAAUUAAAAAAUUAAUAUGCCUUGAAGAUAAAUACGCAACUGUGGUUAAAAAAGAACUGUCAACGGAAAAUGAAAUAAAAACUUUAAGCUAUCCUAAAUUAUUAUAAAUUUUUCAUAGAAUGUUCGUUAUAUUACAACAUUGUUAAAUGCUGUUGAUUUAAUUUUUUUUUUUCUUUUCUUUUAUAUACAAUCACAUAACUUCAGUAUUUUACAUAUUAACUUACACAAACUGUGUUUGAAAUUAAUACUACAUUGAAGAUAACAUUUACAUGACACAUUAUUGCAUUUACUUAUGGAUAUGUUAAAACGUUUGAGAAGAUAAUUGAUAUCUGUAAUAUUCUCUUUGAAAUGUUUCAAAUACCUUUCUGUUUGUAUUAUCAAUGUUACAAGCAUCGUAUUUGUUUAACUUGACUUGUUGAACAUACCACUAUGUGAUAUGCAUAUUGCUUGUUUGAUUUUACUGGUUUUUGAAAAUGUUUUGUUUAAAAAUUAAGUUAAUAUGUUUUUUUUUUAUUUACAAUUUCAUUAACUGUCUUAUAACAUAUGUCAUGUAUAAAAUAUUUUCAAUCAAUGUUUAUCUGAAUGUGAUAAAGUAAGCACAAAAUUGUGCUGUAAUAAUAUAAUAAUUCGAACAUUUAUUAAUUACUAUUGGUGCUUAAAACUAUUAAAAUCGUGAAAUGAUUCAAUUUGUUAUUAAAAAAUAUGUUGUGAACAACGUGUUUAUUCCUUAUUUAGUAAUUCAACAUUUAAGUUAUAAAGAAAAUUAAAUUUUUGCAUUAUUGAAAUUUCCCAUGAUACCAAUUUAUAUAUAUAACAUUUAGAUAUGUGUCACCAUCUUAAAUCAUAAAGUCACUAAAAAGAAUAAAAAUUAAUGAAACAUGAAAACUAAAUUAAAACAGUAAGGAUAUUGAUGAAAUAAUAAAUAUUUCCCUAAAACAAUUAACGGAAGAAACUAUAAAUUCUUUUAUGGGUUCUAUGAAAUAGAUGUUUCAUAAAUACUCUAAAAAAUAGAUAAAUAAUAUAUUGUUUGCUACGUUAUAUGAAAUAUAAGUGUAUUAAUUGUCAUACAUACAGAAAUUUUGUUAAAAUCUAGGUUAAAAUUUAGAAUUAUUACUUAUCAGUAAUUAUGCAAAUAUAUUUCAUUAUUAUAUAUUAUGUACUUUACUCAAGCUUUUACGAAAUACAGUCACUUUUUUGCUAUUA